AUGGACUACACCACAUUUUAUGAGCUCUCCUCCGAGGACUACACGGUCUACCCCGACAUCAGCGAGGACACCGCCCCCUGCAGGCCAGAAGCAGUCGGCGAAUUUGCGCAGUACUUUGUCCCCCCCGUUUUUGCCCUGGUCUUUGUGGCGGGGCUGGUGGGGAAUGGGCUGGACUACACGGUCUACCCCGACAUCAGCGAGGACACCGCCCCCUGCAGGCCAGAAGCAGUCGGCGAAUUUGCGCAGUACUUUGUCCCCCCCGUUUUUGCCCUGGUCUUUGUGGCGGGGCUGGUGGGGAAUGGGCUGGUAUUGGUGGUGCUGGGGCGGCGACGAUGCCCCUGGAACCUGGCCGACCGGUAUCUCUUCCAGUUGGCGCUGGCUGACAUACUGCUGCUGCUGGGGCUGCCCUUCUGGGCCACUCAGUUCUCCCACGGCUGGUUGUUUGGAGAGGUGCCCUGCAAACUGCUGGGGGCACUGUCAGCCGUGAACAGCUACAGCAGCGUCCUGCUUCUCGCGGGCAUCAGCAUUGAUCGCUACCUGGCCAUUGUGCACGCCGUGCACCUGUACCGGCACCUCCACGUCCUGCACCUGCACCUGGCCUGCGCCCUCCUCUGGGCUGUCUGCCUGGCCUUCUCCGCCCCCGAGCUGCACUUCCGCACCGCCACCUUCCUGCCCCAGGCUCAGGCUUCCAUCUGUCACCAGGGCUUCCAAGCCCAUGAGGCCCAGGCCUGGCGGGUAGGGCUGCGCCUCGCCUCCUUCUCCCUAGGCUUCCUGUUGCCACUGAUGGUUAUGGUCUUCUGCUACAGCCGCAUUUUCUGCACGCUGCAUCGGGCGCAGCUGCUAGCUAGGCACCGCUCACUGCGGCUGGUGUUGCUGCUGCUGGCACUCUUUCUGCUGUGCUGGGCCCCCUUCCACACCCUCCUGCUGCUGGACAGCCUGCAGCGCCUGGGCUACGUUGCCCGCCACUGUGCCCUGGAGCAGGCAUUGGACUUUGGGCUGCUGGUGACCGAGGGGCUGGGCCUGCUGCACUGCUGCCUCAACCCCCUGGUCUAUGCCUUCGCAGGCAUCAAGUUCCGCAGGGAGCUCUUGGCCCUGUGCUACAGGGGCUGGCGCCAGAGCCCAGGCCAGAGCCUGUCCACUCGGGAGCAGAGCCAGCGUGGAGGGGGCCUGUCCAUGCGGAGUACUCCCGAGGGGGACACAGACCAUGGCUACUUGGUCACACUGUGA